GAUUGGUCUUGAUCUUUAAACGUUUAAUAGUUCAAGCGAAAAACUUAAGUAAUAACUAGCUAAGACAAAAACAAAAACAAUGGAUGUAAUAAAAUCGGUUGGAAAGUAUCUGAACACUCCCGUUGGAUCUGUAUGUUAUAAUACAGACAAAGUGUUGACGACAGUUCUUGAUAAAGAAAAUGUAGAAGGUUUUGCAAGUAUUGUUUUAAGACUGGCUGCAAAAAGUGGUACUGCUAUGAGUCAAGAGCAAGUACUUCUUAGUUAUCAAUGGCUGGAAUACGUAGCAAUGUAUGGCAACCAAGCUCUUUCUAAUCCUACAUUUGCUAAAAACUUUUUACAGGGCAUUAAUAGAGCUCUAGCAAAAAAUACGUAUUUAACUGGACAAUUUCUGACAGUGGCGGACAUUGCUGCUUACCAUGCCCUGUAUCCUUUGAUUGAGCGUCUAAGUUUAGUAGAACAAGAAUUGUUUAUGAAUGUCUGCAGGUGGUCGAAGCACAUCCAAGCGCAACCCAGAGUGUGUACAAAUCGGCCACCAUUACCAUUGAAUACAUUAACACUUUCAAUUCUUGCACCUACUGUACAUUGAGUU